UAAACAGUCAUUAGUCUAAAAAUAAAAUUAAAAUAGUUUAAAUAAACUCAGAAUCUUAUAAUCUCCUGAAAAAUCGACCUCUCUAUACCGCGUACUUGUAUACAUCGACGUUUGUUCGCGAAUUUUCAAGUUUUUACCUAUUUUUUCGUAAUUUUAAAAAUGUCGUUGGUUCCUUUGUUAUUCCGCGAUUGGUGGGAUGAAUUCGAUCAUUUCGACAGAGAACGUCCUAGCAGAAUACUGGAUCAACAUUUCGGAUUAGGACUGAAAAAAGAUGAUUUAUUAACAAAUUACUCUUCAUUAUCGUCACCCUUGCUCAGACCAGGAAGAUAUUUCAGACCAUGGAAAGAAUUAAUUCCUCGCCAGAACAGCGGUAGUUCUUUAAUAAAAACCGAGGGCAAAGGAUUCGAGAUCGUCUUAGACGUUCAACAAUUCGCACCCGGUGAAAUUACUGUGAAAGUGUCUGAUGGCUCAAUUGUUGUCGAGGGAAAACACGAGGAAAAACAAGACGAACACGGCUUUGUUUCACGACAUUUCGUUAGACGUUAUUUACCACCAUCGAAAGAACUAGAUCUUGAUAACGUAGUUUCCAGCUUAUCAUCCGACGGAGUUUUAACAAUUUCAGUUCCUAAAAAAAGCUUGACCCACACCGGAGAAAAAGUAGUUCCAAUCGUGCAAACUGGCGCUCCAGCAAUCAAAGCGACUCCAAAUGAAACGCAAAUAAAAAUUGAACAAGAACCUAAAUAAACUGGUAAAAUAAAAAUGAAUAAUGGAAAAAAAAUACAGUUAAUAUAGACCGCAGUACCUGAGAAAUAUCUACAAUGAUACAUGAUAAGAUCGUUUUUUUUUUUGCAUGGUACCAUAAUUAAAAAUUUAUACAAACAAUAUACAUUUUUUAAACAAC